AUGAUGGGAGCGAAAAGCACUACUACUACGACAACCACUACGACAACUAUUACUCAUCAUCCGGAUGGUCACGAUGAAAUAGUCAGGAAACAGGAUAUAGUCACUACUCAAUAUCCUACAAUUUUUGGCAAGCCUAUUGUGCAAGAGGCCGAAGAGCAUAAUGAGCUUGAAGACAAACAUGCCGAUUUGCCCAACUUACAAAAGCAUCGAGCUAUCAUCACUGGAAAUGCUAUGGUUGCUCCGUCCAUCAAUCCUGUGCGUCAAACUGCCGUACGCUCUGAUUCCCGAUCAACCAUACAAUGGGAUACUCCUCCUACCAACUAUUACUCAGAAUAUCCAGGGCUUGUUUCAUCUUGUCAGGGUCAGAAGCGUGCACUGCUGAUUGGAAUUGUGUAUCGAGGAAGUGAACAGACACUUGAAGGAUGCAUCAAUGAUUCGAUGUUGAUGAAAAAGUUUCUUAUACAAAAAUUCAACUAUGAUCCUGCUCAUAUCCGAGUGCUAUCUGAAGACAUGGAUGACCCUAAGCUGCAUCCCACUCGUAUAAAUAUCAUUGAUAGUUUUAAUUGGCUUGUAAAAGACACUUUCCCUGGAGACUCGCUUGUAUUUCAGUACAGUGGUCACGGUGGCCAAAUUGCAGAUUUGGAUGGUGAUGAAUCAGACGGGUUGGAUGAAAUGAUUUUCCCCUUGGACCAUAAGGAGAAUGGUGUAAUUUUAGAUGAUGAGUUGAAUGUGUUGCUAGUUAAAGCUCUUCCCAGAGGUGUUCGCCUAACAGCUGUAUUUGACUGCUGUCAUAGUGGUUCUGCAUUAGAUCUCCCAUUUACAUAUCUACCAAAUGGACGUAUCAAGGAGAAUACUACCAUGACCAAAAUUGGUCGAAUGGCACGUCGAACUGUGAGCGAUCUCUCUAAAUUUAAAAUCAAAAGGGCCAUGUCCAACAUUCAGGGCGGCAUCAAGCAGCUUAAAGCGCGAACUCAGUCGCAAAGUGAAAAGGUGGCAUCCAAGGGUAGUUUAGUUGCGGAUGUGAUUCUUUUUGCGGGAUGCAAAGACUCGGAAACAAGCUCAGAUGCUAAAGUCAAUGGCCAAGCUGUUGGAGCCAUGACAUAUGCCUUGACAAAGGUAUUAAAGGAUGACAAAAUGCCGACCUAUGGUGAGCUGCUCAACAAGAUUCGGCAUGUGCUUGCGGCACAUUUUUCACAGAAGCCACAGAUUAGCUCGGCAAGGUACAUGGACAUGAGCCAGCCUUUUAUCAUGUAAAACUGUCUUUUCUGUAGGAUCAUGUUCACUAGUUAUUAUAUUAUCCACUAUUUAUGCCAACGAUAAGCACAAGCCACUUUGUGCAGUAAUAAAAAACAUCAUGCAUCCAU